AAUUUGAAAACUACUAUUUUAUAUGAAAGCGAAUGAAUGCUAACUCUAAUUGUUUGUAUAUUUACAGCAUUAUAAUUUCCAAUUUUGAUUUUGUUUGGUUUUAUCUAAAAUGGCAACUGGAUCAGACAAGAAACGAGACUAUCCUUCAGAAAAAGAUAAAGUUAAAAGAUUUUUGGGAGAAUUUUGUCAAGACGACGGAUCUGGAAAGUGCUUCAAAUAUGGAAAAGCUUUGACUGAAGUCGCGCAUCGUGAAAGAGUUGAAGUUACGAUAGAUUUAGAUGAUAUUGCUGAAUAUGAUCCAGAAUUGGCAGAAAGUAUUAUUGAAAAUACGCUUCGAUAUCAAAGAAUAUUUGCAGAUGCCAUCGAUGAAUUGCUACCCGAUUACAAGGAAAGAGAGGUUACGUUCAAAGAUGCAUUGGAUGUGUACAUUGAACACCGGAUGCUUAUGGAGCAGAGACUUCAUAACGAUCCGGCAGAAGUCCGCGAUUGGAAGAAUAAAUAUCCCGCUGAGUUAAUGCGCAGAUUCGAGGUGUAUUUUAAAGCUCCGACUGCCCAAAAAGCUAUGCCAAUUCGUGAUGUGAAAGCUCAGAAUAUCGGAAAAUUAACAGUGGUUCGUGGUAUUGUUAUCAGAGCAACUGAAGUCAAGCCUAUGAUGUCUGUUGCAACAUACACAUGCGAUAGAUGUGGAGGAGAGACUUAUCAACCGAUUGCUUCUCCCUCUUUUAUGCCAUUGCUUCUUUGCCCCAGUGAGGAAUGCCAAACUAAUCGCAGCGGAGGACGUCUCUAUCUGCAAAACAGAGGGUCAAAAUUCAUCAAAUUUCAGGAAAUCAAAAUUCAAGAACAUAGCGACCAAGUUCCAACUGGUAAUAUUCCUCGAGCAAUGACAGUAUAUUGCAGAGGGGAAACCACUCGUGCUGCUGUACCUGGUGAUCACAUCAGCAUCACAGGAGUUUUCCUACCAAUGCUAAGAACAGGAUUCAGACAAAUGCAGCAAGGAUUGCUAACUGAUACCUAUAUGGAAGGACAUAGAGUGAUCAAAAUGAACAAAACUCAAGAUGAUGAACAGGAUGUCGGUGAAAUGACUGAGGACGAACUGGAACAAAUUAGUCAGGAAGACUUCUAUGACAAACUUGCAUUGUCACUUUCUCCAGAAAUUUAUGGACAUGAAGAUAUCAAGAAAGUAUUGCUGCUGUUACUUGUUGGUGGGGUGGACAAAAAUUCAAAGGGAAUGAAAAUUCGUGGCAAUAUCAAUGUAUGUCUUAUGGGUGAUCCCGGUGUUGCGAAAUCGCAAUUGCUGUCAUACAUAGAUAGACUUGCUCCUCGUAGUCAGUAUACCACAGGCAGAGGUUCUUCUGGUGUUGGCUUAACUGCAGCUGUGUUGAAGGAUCCACUUACAAAUGAAAUGAUAUUGGAAGGCGGAGCAUUGGUUUUAGCUGAUCAAGGUGUUUGUUGCAUCGAUGAGUUCGAUAAAAUGAUGGAUGGUGAUAGAACUGCUAUUCAUGAAGUUAUGGAACAACAGACUAUAUCUAUUGCAAAGGCUGGCAUCAUGACUUCGUUGAAUGCAAGAGUUUCAAUCUUGGCGGCUGCUAAUCCAGCAUAUGGAAGAUACAAUCCAAAGAAGUCUAUCGAACAUAAUAUCCAACUACCAGCAGCUCUUUUGUCAAGAUUUGAUGUUUUGUGGCUCAUUCAAGAUAAACCUGACAGAGAAAAUGAUUUGAGGCUUGCUCAACAUAUUACUUAUGUGCAUCAACACAGCACUCAUCCUCCUAUCCAGUUUACUCCUAUUGACAUGAAAUUGAUGAGACGUUACAUUGCCCUCUGUCAGAAAAAGAAUCCUGUUAUACCUCAAGAAUUGACAGACUACAUCACUGCUGCAUACGUUGAACUACGAAAGGAAGCUCGAGCCAGUAAAGAUGCAACCUUCACCUCCGCUCGUACUCUUCUCUCCAUCUUACGACUCGCUACUGCUUUGGCUCGUUUACGUUUGGCAGAUGUUGUUGAAAAAGAUGAUGUGAAUGAGGCCAUGAGAUUAAUGGAAAUGUCCAAAGACUCACUUAAUCCUGGUACUGAUGGACAACAAAGACAACAACGACCUACAGACCUCAUCUAUCAAAUCAUUCGUGAGAUGGCUCCUGAUACCGGCGUUCCGAUGGUGCGAUUGACCGAAGCCAAGCAGAGAUGCGUUGCCAAAGGUUUUACUCCAGAUCAGUUUGAAGAAGCGGUGGAAGAAUAUGAGGCUCUCAAUGUGUGGCAACUCAAUGCAGCCAAGUCCAGAAUUACUUUUGUAAAUGUUUAAAUUCAAUUAAAUCUAAUUGAUUUGCGCUAUGACUUAUCGCCAGAUUGUUUCUGUGCUACAUGCUGGAGUAAAGAUAACACAAUAUUUUCUUAUUUUAACUGCUGCUGUUUCUUCUUUUUUCCCAGUGCUGAACUUUGACCACUGCCUUUUCAUUUGUAAUAUAUUUUUCAUGUGGGAUAAUGCUGAGCUAAAUAGAGGAAUCUGUAAUUAUUGAUUGCUUUCACCAUUCAUGUUUUUUGUCACACAUGUAUUGAGUUAUUGAUGGACUGGCAAAAACGAUAGAAUGUCUAAAUUGAAGCAUAUUCUUGUGAAUACCUUUUUUCGGUGUUAUUUUUUUUUUUUUUUUUUUUUGGGUGCCAAAUUCCGAUUGUUUUAUCAUGCUUCAGUUUUCCACACAAUCAUAACUUACUAAUUGGGUUUUAUGGAUUUUGAGAAACCCUUGCCACUGCCAUCAUGUUUAGCUGCUAUUAGUCGUUUUAUGUAACUUUGUACACAUUUGUUGAUAUAAAUAAAAUGUUUCAGUUGAA